GUGCCGAACAACAAUUUUGUUCAAUCAAAAAUCGAAAGCGCUUGCAAGGUGUGGUGCGCUGUUGUUAAAAAAAUGGCGUGGUUUAUUUUGAAUUGUGUGGCGGUUGUUCUAUGUUUAACUACUAUAGCCAACUGUCAGAGGACUCCAACCAUAUCUCACAUAACUCAAGAACAGAUUAGAGACAUUGGUGGUCAAGUUGAUUUGGACUGUUCUGUGCAUUAUGGGCAAGACUAUCCAGUGCUAUGGGUAAAAUACGAUCGUCUAAAAACAACAGAGUCCCUACCGCUCUCCACAAGUUCUGGUCUUAUUAUUCGAGACUCGAGAUUCUCUCUGAGAUAUGAUGACGCGUCUGCUACUUAUACACUAUCGAUCAAAGACAUCCAAGAAACGGACGCAGGAUGGUACCAGUGUCAAGUGAUUAUAACAGUUAACAAUAAAAUCACAGCCGAGGUUGAGUUGCAAGUGCGAAGACCUCCCAUCAUAUCUGAUAACUCUACGAGGUCCAUUGUUACCAGUGAAAUGGAGAGCACUCAAAUGGAAUGCUACGCGGACGGUUUCCCACCGCCGAAGAUAUCUUGGCGCCGUGAGAACAACGCCAUCUUGCCGACCGGUGGCUCUAUCUAUCGGGGCAACAUUCUGAAAAUUCCCCGCGUGCACAAAGAAGACAGGGGCACAUACUACUGUGUAGCCGAGAACGGUGUGGGCAAAGGGGCAAGGCGGAAUAUCAAUUUGGAGGUCGAAUUUGCCCCUGUUGUUACCGUGCCGAGGCCGAGGUUGGGGCAGGCACUUCAAUACGAUAUGGAUCUAGAGUGUCACGUGGAAGCGUACCCGCCGCCGGCCAUUUCUUGGGUCAAAGAUGAAGUGUUGCUGUCUAAUAACCAGCAUUAUAGAAUAUCCCACUUCGCAACAGCCGACGAGUUCACAGACACUACACUACGAGUUAUCACUAUAGAGAAGCGGCAGUACGGUUUAUUCACUUGCAAGGCGCAGAACAAGCUGGGCAGGGACGAGGGCAAGGUCGAGCUGUUCGAAACGAUAAUACCCGUGUGCCCGCCGGCCUGUGGGCAAGCCCGCUACGGCGCGGCGGCGAGCCUAGCGCCCGGCGCGGAGACGCUAGCGCUACUGCUCGCUGCGUACGUAUGCUACGCUUUUAGAGUCGCCAAUACCAGACAUUAAUUAUUCAGGACUACGCCUCGAUCCGCUCGUUUACGGGAAUCACGCAGACAAACAUAUCAACAACAUAUCUAUUAUAUAUUUUAUAUGUAUGACGUAUCUAAUUGAGCUCUUUUGAGAUGGAAAAUUGAGUAUAAUUUAAUGAUUUUAGUUUCUGAACAUUUGACUUUUGAGUUGUAUUUGAGUUUCUCAAGUGUUGAGUUCUCUUGAGUGUCAACUCAAUUAUUAUAUUAGUAAUACGUAAUUGAGUUUGGCAUUUUGUUAAUAACAUGAACUUAAUAAAUAUGAGUUGACAUUAUAUUUUUGAGCUAAAUAAUUGAGUUUACGUAUUUGAAAGUCAGUUCGUCAAUUUUAAUGUUUAAAUUGGUUCGAGUACGUUGGAUAAUUUUAAAAUUUAUUUUAUUUUAAAUCCAAAUUAACAUAAUGCCAAUGACAAACAAAAAAAAGUAUUGGAAGUAAUAUUACAUUUAUGAUGACUUUAAAAUAAAUGAAUGAAUAAAUGAAGAUAUAAAUAAAUGAAAUGCGGCUAUUUACUGACAAAAAUAAUUAAUGAGUAUACAUGUAAUUUCAUUAGGGGCCGAUUUUUCAAUCCUUGGUUAAAAUUUAUCCGUCCAAUAAAGUGUUACACGAACAUUUUAAAAUGUCACCUGUAAACUGUCAAAUACGGACAAUUAU